AGGCUGCACUACCCACGAUUAAGCUUUAAUUUAACAGUAAAAUAGCAAAUUUCAUUCGCAUCCAUUUUACGAAGAAGAAUUUUGGGCUUAACUUUACAUUUCCGAGUUUGAGCAUCACAAGACAGGAAGAUUUUACACCGCACACCAACAACGUGUCAACAUCGCGCCACCCCGUUUUAAACCGCGUCGAUUUAUGUGUCUGGUAGAUCCUCAUUUUAACGCUAUAUUUUAUUUUUGGUGUGAAACAGUCACACACACACACCGACACGCACAGACGCGGGCUUGCCGAUUGACGCCUCGUUUGUUAUUGUUGUCCCCGUGAGACAGACAUGUCCACGCUGUUCCCCUCGCUCUUCCCGCGAAUAACGGAGUCACUGUGGUUCAACCUCGACCGACCCUGUGUGGACGAGACGGAGCUGCACCAGCAGGAGCAGCAGCACCAGACCUGGCUGCAGAGCAUCGCCGAGAAAGACAACAACCUGAUGCCCAUCGGGAAACCUAUUUUUGAGGCGGGAUACGACGAAGAGGAAGAGGAGGACGACGAGGACGAGGAGGACAGCGAGGAAGACUCGGAAGAUGAAGAAGACAUGCAGGACAUGGAUGAGAUGAAUGACUACAACGAGUCACCUGAUGACGGCGAGAUCAAUGAGGUGGACAUGGAAGGAGCAGACCAAGACCAAGACCAAUGGAUGAUUUAAGAUAAAUGACAGUUUUCUGUCUGGCACCGGAUUUCUACUCCACUUAAAACAUGACUGCUGACCCUUUAGUCUGUGACACAGACAUAUCUAUGUUUUAUUUGUGGAAACAGGAAAAGAAUAUAGUUGAAUCAAAGCUUGUAUCCCGAUGUCCUUCGGAGGGAGUGAAUCCAGCACAAAGUGUCCUGUUUUCAAGCUGCAGGCGGCCCCUGAAGGCCCCGGACGUUGUUGGACGUCACUGUGAGUGCUUCUACCUGGCACGUACGACCACGCACACACAAAGCCCUGCGGUUUUGUAACCAGUCCAACACCCACCUACACAUUGGUGGCAGUAGGCAUCGGCCCAGUGAUUUCUAAAUUGAACUUUGACCUCCAGUCAUGUGCCACUUCUCUUGGAGAGCCGUCAAAGAGCUGACUGAGCACAAGCAGCAGCUCAGUCAGCGAAAUAGUUUAUUACCCAUGACUGACCCGAUACUUCACCAUGUUGUACGGUUCUGUUUCGUAGUGUUGUGCAUGCUGCUAAUCUUUUGUUACUAAUAUCAUACUCCCGGCUGAACCUUCAUAAAUGCUUAUGAAGUGGUAAUAUGAUCAGACUAUUCAUCAGUUGGUCUUUUUUUGUUUUGUUUUAACUAUGUCAAAGAAACAAGCAGCCGUUACUUUUGAAGAAUGUCAAUUGAAAUAUCGGGACACUCUCAGUGUCCAUACAAAUGCUCUCACGAUGAUAUAAAUGCAUUGCCUGCAGAGGUUUGGGGUUUUAGUGCUGAAAUGAACAGAAGCCUUGACUUUUUGUACUAAAUUAAAGAUUUUUUAUGAAAACGU